AUGGGGCUUGUCCUCGCCGCCUCCUGCACAGCAGAGCUUGGAUCCUGCCAAAGGUCAUCAAGCCCAGACCUUUCGACGCUUUCGGCCGAGCAGCUGCAAUUCUGGCUGGGCCUUCCUGGACAGCCGAGUCUCUUCCUGGAGCCUGUGGCAGAGAUCCUAGCGUCAACGGGAGAAGGAGGGAACUAUGGAGACAUCGUGCGAGUGCACAUGGCUCUCGAUCAUGCACCCCUUCCGAGCAUCAUCGCCAAACAGAUCCGGCCCAAAGCUGGCCUUGAGGUUGGAGACAUGCUGACUCUCACCGAGCAUUCUCGCUUCAUGCAGGGCUUCCAUGUCGAGGCCGCUGCAUACAAGAACCUCUCCAAGGAGCUUCUUGCAGCCGACCUUGCUGUUCCCCGUGUUUUGCAUGUCGAGGAGGUUGAGCUGGGCGAACCCUUCGUCAUAUUGCUGGAGGAUCUUUCUUUGCGCUUCCCACGGGGUGCUGGAGCAGCAGUUCGCCACUUCCACGGCGCCGAAACACUGGCAGCCCUGAGGUGGCUUGCAGGCUUCCAUGCACUUUUCUGGGAGAAGCCUUUCGCUGAGCAGCGUGGGCUCUGGCAGCAGGGCAGCUACUGGAUCCUGGACAAGCUUGGGCAGCUUCAACUCGAAGCUCUGCCUGCUGACUUCAGCAACCGCUACCUCACGGCUCAGGAGACACAGAGACUCCGCAGAGCAGCUCUCGCGGUGGAUCAACGUCUGGCCGGCAAAGAUCCAGAACACCCGGGAAAGACGGACUCCCGCUUUCGCACGCUGGUGCAUGGCGAUGCGAAGCCUGAGAACAUGCUUUGCAGCGACGGCCCGGCACCUCGCUGCGCAGCUUUGGACUUCGGCUGGGUCGGGGAAGGUUACGGAGUGCGUGAUGUGGCAUACUUGCUUUGGGACCAAAUAGCGACAAACGUCGUCGAGGACUUGCUGUCCGAGUACCACACCAUGUUAUUGGACCGGCUGCCGCAUCCAGCAAAAUCUGCCUACACACGAACCGUCUUGAAGCAACACUUUGAUCUGGCCGUGCUGGACUUUAUUCGUGUGCACGCGAGCGGGACGGCAACGAGGCUGGGAGCUCGGAUUCAAAGGCGGCACGUACUUCUGGGCGAUGCCCUGGGCCAUCCAGACCCUUCGCACCGUGCUCGACCAACUGGACGGGGGUGUCCUGCGCUCGACAGCGCACUACGCGAAAGCCGUGGCCCGCGCCUUCCCGAUCUGAGACCGCUUCAGAAAGAGUCGCGUUUUUUGCCGCGUUUGGGUCGCUGGAUCUCGUAG